CAUUUUUUUUUUCCUCACUAACUUCCUUCCUGUUCUAACUGCCAGUACUCAGAAGUCAGAGUGAGAGACAGAGGCACCCCAGAGAGCCGUGAGCCACUGAAUAUCAAAAUGACUGAAAAGGACCCAGAAACACACCUGGAAGAGGAUGUCGAUGAGCUGGACAGCAAGCUCAAUUACAAGCCUCCACCCCAGAAGUCUCUGAAAGAGCUACAGGAGAUGGACAAAGAUGACGAAAGUCUGAUCAAGUACAAGAAAACACUCCUGGGGGACGGCCCUGUGGUGGCAGACCCGACAGCCCCCAAUGUCACGGUUACCCGGCUUACCCUGGUGUGUGAGAGUGCCCCAGGACCAAUCACCAUGGACCUCACUGGAGAUCUUGAAGCCCUCAAAAAAGAAACUUUUGUGCUAAAGGAAGGUGUUGAAUACAGAGUCAAAAUUCACUUCAAAGUGAACAGGGAUAUUGUGUCGGGCCUGAAAUAUGUUCAGCAUACCUACCGGACUGGGGUGAAAGGUAAGGGACCCACACUUCACACUGUCCCAAACUCUGCUCCCCACUGAUACUUGAACUUCUGC